UUUUCAAGCCAAGAAAUUUGUAAAGCCACCGAAGUCUUCAUGUGCCCUCUCUGUGACAAGAAUUGCUCAUUGCAGAGACUCAAUGACAGCUGCAUCUAUGCCAAAGUAACGUAUUUGUUUGAUAAUGGAGGGACAGUCUUCUUUGCUAUUUUUAUGGCAAUAUGGGCCACAGUCUUUCUUGAGUUUUGGAAAAGAAGAAGAAGUAUAUUGACCUAUGCUUGGGACCUUAUUGAAUGGGAAGAAGAGGAGGAAACACUUCGCCCCCAGUUUGAAGCAAAAUAUUACAGAAUGGAGGUGAUAAACCCCAUCACAGGGAAACCUGAGCCUCACCAGCCUUCAUCUGACAAAGUCACACGUCUUCUUGUGUCUGUCUCAGGAAUCUUCUUCAUGAUCUCCUUGGUCAUCACAGCCGUGUUUGCAGUUGUCGUGUACCGCCUGGUUGUCAUGGAACAGUUUGCAUCAUUCAAGUGGAAUUUCAUCAAGCAGCACUGGCAGUUCGCUACAUCUGCUGCUGCUGUCUGUAUCAAUUUUGUAAUCAUCAUGCUGCUGAAUCUUGCUUAUGAAAAGAUUGCAUACCUCCUCACUAACUUAGAAUAUCCUCGAACAGAAUCAGAAUGGGAAAACAGCUUUGCCUUGAAAAUGUUCCUUUUCCAAUUUGUCAAUUUGAACAGUUCUAUCUUCUAUAUUGCAUUUUUUUUGGGAAGAUUCGUAGGCCAUCCAGGAAAAUACAAUAAACUUUUUGAGCGAUGGAGACUGGAGGAAUGCCAUCCUAGUGGCUGUCUGAUAGACCUCUGCCUGCAGAUGGGAGUCAUCAUGUUUUUGAAGCAAAUAUGGAACAACUUCAUGGAGCUGGGAUAUCCGUUAAUCCAAAACUGGUGGUCACGACAUAAAAUCAAGCGUGGAAUACAGGAUGCUUCCAUACCACAAUGGGAAAAUGACUGGAAUCUUCAGCCCAUGAACAUUCAUGGACUGAUGGACGAGUACUUAGAAAUGGUUUUGCAAUUUGGUUUUACUACCAUCUUUGUUGCUGCUUUUCCUCUGGCCCCUCUUUUGGCUUUGUUAAACAAUAUCAUAGAAAUAAGAUUGGAUGCAUAUAAAUUUGUGACCCAGUGGAGGAGGCCUCUGCCAGCUCGAGCAACUGACAUAGGUAUCUGGCUUGGAAUUCUUGAGGGAAUUGGCAUACUGGCUGUGAUCACCAAUGCAUUUGUAAUUGCUAUUACAUCUGACUACAUCCCACGUUUUGUCUACGAAUACAAAUAUGGCCCUUGUGCAAAUCAUGUAAAGCAGAAUGAGAAUUGCCUAAAAGGAUAUGUCAACAAUAGCCUAUCCUUCUUUGACCUGAGUGAACUUGGAAUGGGAAAAUCUGGUUACUGCAGGUACCGAGACUAUAGAGGCCCGCCUUGGAGUUCCAAACCCUAUGAGUUCACGUUACAGUACUGGCACAUUCUCGCUGCUCGACUGGCCUUCAUUAUUGUGUUUGAGCACCUGGUGUUUGGGAUUAAGUCAUUCAUUGCAUACCUGAUUCCAGAUAUACCAAAGGGCCUCCGUGAGCGCAUACGACGAGAGAAAUACUUAGUCCAAGAAAUGAUGUAUGAGGCUGAACUGGAGCAUUUACAGCAACAGAGGAGAAAAAGUGGUCAGCCUAUUCACCAUGAAUGGCCUUAGGCAGUGCCUGUUAACCAAAAGGGGAGGUACCGUUAGUGUGAAGGAAUGAGGCCCUUGAAAUGUAGGUGGGAUCCAACAGGAAAGCAUAGUUGGCAAAACCAUAUGUAUAAAAUGUUACUUGGAAAUACAUCACAGCAGCCUUUGGGAUUGGAAUGCUCAGACUUCUGAGGAAAGAAAAGACUUGUGACCUCCAAAGGGAUGCAACUGACAUGGCAGGGAGUCAGGCUCGGAUUCUCAGAGCAAGCCCUCAGGGGAGUUCUGUGUUUGGAGUCCAUCCAGUUCCAUCAGCAGCAGAGCAAGUAGGAAAUGCAGUGAUGGAAUUUCCAAAGACAGAUUUCCACGUAAAUGUUCACAUGCUGGGAAUACUAAUCAGAUUCUAGGACUUGCAGUUGAGUUCAGAUAUUCACAAGAAAUGAGUUACACCAGUUGUUGGCUCUGAUGUCAGAACUCCAUGUCCCUUCCAUUUACAGGCUGGUGGAGUUGUUUUUGUCUCAUUGAGAUAAUGGGUGUAUGCACAUGGCAUUUAUGCUGCUUUAUGUCGACUAUGCACUUGAAAAGUUGCACAUUACCAUAGUAUUGAAACCAAAAUCUAAAUUCCAAAAAGAACACCUUGGAAUAAUUCUAUUAUAUUGGCUGUGAUUUAAGUUUGCUUUAUCACUCAAAGCCAAGUGCACUACCCAUUUUUAAAUUAAUGAAUGCCACAGAUCCACUUUAAAUAUAUGAAUGCCUAUUCUUGUAUCAUGUAGACAUGACUAAUUUGUACUUUACUGAAGAAGCCUAUCUUAUAUUCUAUUCCAUGUGCUCCUCUCUGAAUUAUUACAAUCUCACAGAACACUAUGUUGAAACAAUGUAAAUAUGUCGAUGUUCUUUCACUGUUUGCACUUUUUACACUGUGUAAUGUGAGUUCUGGCUUAUGGAACUCUAUGACUAGUUACACAGGAUGCUACUGUAAUUUCUCUGUUCAUUCAGGAAAUCCAAAGCCAAAUGUUCUGCAGCACUUAAGCUUUUUCUAUAAUAUGCACUAUCAAUUAUGAGCUAAUGGAAUAAUGCAUGCACAGAGUGUAUUAUUUGCAUAAAAUACCUUUCUGAGUUUCAUUCUUUAAUCAUGGAAUGGAGAUUUCUUGGUUUUGAUUUGUUCUGUUUUGUUUCUGAUGAGUUGAUUUUUAUUUAAUUUCAAAACUCUCUAGAAACAAAGUCAAAUUAAUUAUGAAGAUCAUAAUUUCAUUUGUUGUGGACUCCUUAUUUGAAUGUCAAUUUUGUCCACACACUGGAGGAGCACAAAUGAAGGGGUGUUCAAUUCAAGAAAGUUCAGAGAAGGCAUAAAUUAAGGAGGCAGAAUAGAAUGAAAGGCAAGGGGUGAAAUAUAUGGUUAUAUGGUAAAAAUCAAUACCCCUUCCCUUGCAAAACAAGAUGGGCCAAGCUUUUUUCCCUUGAGAAUAAGGUGGGAAAUUACACAGAGAACACACACAUACACACACACACAGAAAGAGAGCAUGAAUUGUUCAGUUUGCUUUUGUUCAAUUAAGCAAAACAGAAAUAUUUACAAAAUUUAAAAUAUUGGAUUAGGCACACACAAAAACGAAACUACUUUGCACACAUAUGAAUGAAUCUCUAAAACUAAUCAAGGAAAUUAGUUUCACUUACUGGAAGUGUGCUGUGCUAAUUCUAACACUUACAAAAAGCUUUGUUGACUUGAUUAUGGUUGUUUUAUAGUUUCUCCCUAGGAUAUUCACUUGUCUACUUUCCUUGUGAUUCUGGGCCAGGUAUAUGCCCUGGGACUCUAAAUUCUUCCACAAGUUCUGAAAAUGUAGCUCAGUGGUAGUGUGUGUCUAACAUGCAUGAGGCACACAUGGACUCAACUCUGAGCACCACUAAAUACAUACAUAUAUACAUAAUACAUACAUAAUAUAUACAUACAUAAUACAUACAUACAUAUAUACAUAUGAGAUAUGUGGUAAAUUCCUACAGAAAUCCUUGUUCCUGGGAUUCUUUUACUUCAAAUAUAAUGGCUAAUUCCACAAAUUAUCCAAUAGAGAUUUCAGCUCCUCAAUUUUGGAGCAUUUUUGCUCCCUUUUCUUUAUUAACUAAAUGUAUACACAUGCCUGAGCAUAAUAUUUUCUUUACCUAGCAUUUACAUAUUUUCCAAAUUAGGGAUGCAAGACAUACAUGGGUCAUAUGGAGGACAAACAAUAAUAGAUGUUUCUUUGAGAAUUCUUUUUCUAGGGUUUUCUAUAGUCCAUUGGGGUUUAAGUCAUAUUGAUUGAUAUGAACAAAGAAAGAUAUUUUAAUAAAAGUUGUAGUAUAUUAAUUUAGAAAUGUGUUGCUGAUAUUUUUGAAACAGAGAUGAGAAAGAAAGAACCAAAAAUAAUUGUCUGAAAUAUUUGUUUUGUAAGCAGUUGCAAGACAAUCAAACUUGGUUUUAUCAUAACUGACGGUAAAACACAGACAGCCCUCACAGUAUGUGAACUUUAGAGGGUCACUCUGCUUAAGUUGAGAGAAAUGUUUUAUAUGUGUUUUUCAUAUGAAUAUGAAUUAUUUCUCAAAGAUUUAUAGCACACUAUAUUCUCAGGAAUUCUGUAUGAUGUGAAUGCUGCUCAUAUAUUUUCAUAUUCUCACUUGUUAUCUUUUUAUGCUAAUAAUUAAUGGAUAUGUGCAUGCAGUCUGCCAUGACAAGUUGUGUGAACCAUUUUAAGUCUUAACUGUAAUAGUUCUCAGUCGUCUGGUCUGAGUCUGUGUAGGCACUUUUCGGUGAGACACUGCUGCCUGGCUGCAUGAUGAGAUUCAACUUGAAUGCUAAAUGAUUCUUGGCACAAUAUACUAUACAAUGGAAUGGAUAGAAGAUUUUUUUCACUCAAUAAAUUAUCAUUUUUACUAUAA